GAGAUUCUGAGUUACACUUUGGGUUGUGAGUUUUUUACAAACAAGACAAAGUUAAGGCAUAGUUUGGAUGUUUCAGAUUCAGUAUUCCAUAUCUAUUUACUUCCUUACACCUUGGGAUUCUCCAAACCAUACCCACCAAUCCUGACCGUCCAUAUCCAACAGCCAAAGGUCCUCUUCCUCUACACGUGCUUCCUAUCUUUUCUUUCUUCUUUUUUUAUAUUGAUUUUUUUUCUUUUUUUGUUUGGCUUCCAUGCAUGGAAUUCUCCUCCAACUACAACACAAAACAAGAGAGAGAAAGAAAGAAAGAGUCUUGCUUUUGCUUUGAUUCUUCCUUACAGGCCUCUUCAUCGCCAUCAUUAGCGACCCAUUCCUACUAGAUUUUAUUUUAUUUUUUAUUUUUUACAAACAAAAAUUUAUUAAAUUUUGAAAACAGAGCUGAAGAGUAUAUAUGGAAAUGGAUUUUAAAGGGAACCCUUUUUAAUGGGUCGGAUCUCGUACUUCACAAAAACUGUCACAUCUCAAACACUUUGAUUUUCCAUCUCUGUGUGUUCAUCAUCAUCUGGCAAUAAAGCAGGAAACUUCGUGAUCUGUUUAUCUCGAUCUAAGAUUGUUCUGUCGAAAAUUCCUCUGUUUCUUUCCACCAUUUUUGGGUCCUUUUUUUUCUUUUUUUGCUGUGGAAAACUAGAUCAUGGAAUGCAGCAUUCUAGCUUCAGCUUUCAGGUAAGCCAUAGUUGGCUGAUUUUCAUCUUUUUUUGGUUUGUUUUAUUGGUUUUGUCUUUCUCUUUUUUUUACUGGGUAAUCAAAAUCAAAAAGAACCAUGGAAGAAAAUCAGAAAAAGAAAUUCGUGUGCAAAUUUUGCAAUAGAAAGUUUCCAUGUGGGAAGUCUUUGGGUGGUCAUAUCAGAACCCAUAUGAAUGAGAAUCAUUCAACUAGGAAAGAAGAUGAAGAAGAAAAAGCUCUGAAAUUUUCACCUUUCAAUGGUGUGAAAAAAACCCAGAAAGAUUCAGGGUCAGAAGCUGGAGGGCAAUCUGGUUAUGGUCUCAGAGAGAACCCCAAAAAGACUUGGAGGUUUGUGGAUUCGAGCUCUACUUUACGGCAAGAAAAAGUUUGUAAAGAAUGUGGUAAAGGGUUUCAAUCAUUGAAAGCUCUUUGUGGUCACAUGGCUUGUCAUUCGGACAAGGAGAAGCUGCUAAUAAACAACAACAAUAACAAGCUUGAAGAAGAAGACGAAGAAGAAGAAGAUGAAGAACAAUCAGAGACUAGUGAGAAGCAGAAACUAGUAAUGGAUAGUCAUUCUGAUACUGAAACAUCAUCUCCAAGAAAGACAAAGAUCUCAAAAAGAAUCAAGUACAUGACCCUUGAUGUUUACUCUUCUUUGGGGAAUGGUGGUUCUUCAUCUGUCUCGGGAAUUGAGCAAGAACAACAGGAAGUUGCUAUAAGCUUGAUGAUGUUGUCUAGGGAUUCUGGUAAUGGUUAUUAUAAUAAAGGAGGUUUGAAUUCAGUUGCUGAAUCUUCGGAUAACAAUUCAGUGGUUUUGGAAGCUAAAUCGUCCUCCAUUGAAAUGGUCAAGAAAGCUAGAGAUGGGAUUGUGAAAUCUGCCGAGAUUAGUGUCUCUGAGAAUUCCGAUUCUGGGUAUUUCAGAAAUGGGCCCAAAAAGAUUGAAUCCGAUGUGUCUGUUGAUGGGUCUCUGAGAAAUGUCAAAUUUAAGAAGAUUGAAGCGGAAUCUGGAUCCGGAUUUGACAAAUUUCAGUGUGUGAAAUCUGAAUUGGGGAAGAAUUUGGUGAAUGAAGAAGAAGAAGAAGCUGCUAACAAUCUAGAAGGUAGAGGUUAUUCCAAAUAUGAGCUCAGAAAGAGAGCCAAGAAUGGAUUUUACAGACCACAAAUUGGAUCCUCCUGUAAGAAAGAAACAAAUUAUUCUUCUUCGAAUGUUGAAUUCAGCGGAAAUUCUCAGAAGAGGAACAAAUAUGAGUGCAUGACCUGUAACAAGAUCUUCCAUUCCCAUCGAGCUCUUGGAGGACACAGAGCUAGUCAUACAAAGACCAAUGGCUGCUGUGAAUCAGUGUAUGAGAGUGGUGAAAACAGUAUAGAGACUGAUGACUAUCCUGUUCAAACAACACCUGUGGUAAAGCUCAUUGAGAAUUCAAGUGGGAAAAACACAGUUAAGCAGCAUUUCUACGGCAAUGUCGAAAGAAAACCGGCAACAAAAAAGGGAAAGGAACAUGAAUGUCCAAUAUGCUUGCGGGUUUUCCGAUCAGGCCAAGCUUUAGGUGGUCACAAGAGGUCCCAUUUUGUUGGAGGUUUUGAAGACAAAACUAUGGUGGUUAGACAAGAAACACCUGACACUCAGAUUAGUGGUCUUUUUGAUCUUAAUCUUCCAGCUCCAAUGGAGGAAGCUGCAAAUGGGCAUGUCGGAUUUAUGGCAUGGUAGGUUUGGAAGAAGCCAGAAACACUGAGUUCAUGAUGGGUCUUAUUUUUACCGAUCAGUACUUUUGCCAUUGUUUCAUGAUGAAGGUAAUUCAUUCACGAUGUAUAGACAAGUUGGGUUGAAUUUCCCCCCCUCUACUUUCCUUAGGCACCAAAUUCAUGGACCUCUUAUGGAGGAAAUUCUAAAAAGUGCCCCUUCAAAUGUUGGGAGAGAAAUUUCCUUUUAAAGUUUCUUAAGGUCCUAACCAAACACUGUAACUUUUAGGAAAUCCACUUCCUGCAAGUCAACAACAGCUUCCUCCACUUCCGUAAUAAAAAAAAGUUUUUUUAUCCUUCACUUUAAAACAGUAUGAACACAGUUCCUGUAAUGCAUUGUUCUUGGUCUUGCUUGCCUUAAUUUUCUCUGCAAAGUAGAAAAGCAUUACCAAUUGAGACUCUCCUGUUUAAUCAUUUACAAAUGGGAGCAAAACAAAGAGUUAGUUGGGUGAAAUCUUAAGUUUAAAGGCUUUGAGAAAUGGAUGAUUAAUUUGUGGAAUCAUGAAAGAAUCGAGGUCAUAUGCACUUUUUAUUUCCCAAGAAGAAAUGUUGUUUCAAAGUGGUUAGCACAGACAGCCAACCCUUAAGCAUAAAAAUCCAUACCAAGUCAUUGCAAAUUUUUUAUUUUAAAGUCUUUCUUUUUAUUAUAUAUAUAUAUAUAUAUAUAUAUAUAGAUAUAUAUGUAUAUAUUUUCCUCUAUAGUUUGAAAGGAUUGGAGGAUUUUUUUUUUUUUAAUUUUUUUUUUUUACUUGUAUAGCUUUAUUCUGCAGAACAUACCCUUCUAUUUAUUGUUUUCAAAUUCCACUUCAUUCAAUUAUCUCAGAGAGUUGGGAGUGUUAAAUAUACGACCACUUCAUAGCCCAAAGGAAGGGCAAGAGUCAGACUGCAUCAAAGUGGAAUCAAGAACCACUCAAAGGAAAGUAUCAAAAGCUUUUGUGGAAUUUGGGAAUUAUGAAAACUCAAAUGGGCUGGACUCAAUCUGCAUGAUAGAGAUAUAUUUGCAUUUGUUGAGCUGCUUUAGAUUUGGUUCAAAACUUUGUUCUUUUUAAUAUUUAUCUUUCUGAAACAGUGUUUUUGCUUGUUUUUUCUUUAAAAUUUACUGGAGUAUAGCCAAUAAUUCUGUCGUAAUAACUUUUUUCUCUAGGAAAUGAUUUCUAAAAAAUCAAUUAAUUAGUAUUUUAUUUCAAAAUCACUUAAUAAACGAUCUAAAACCAAAAAUGUAUUUAUAUAUAUAUUUUUUAUCCAACACCAUCAGAAGUGUUUUAUCUUUUCAGAAAUUAAUUUUAAGCGUUUUAAAAUCAAUGUAAAUACACAGUUAAUAUUGUUUGUAUAUGUAAGAAAUGUUGCAUAUAAACUUCAAUCAGUAAAAGGGUUUACACUUUACUACUUCUA